AACCACCGUACAUCCCCAUGGAGAGUAGCUCCUUUGCUCGAGCCCCCAGCGACAAGGAGGCUGAGCACUGCAGCAGCGGCCAGAGCGGCAGCGCCAGCGGCGGUGGUGGCGGCGGCGACCACCCCUCUUCUCCUUUCGGGUACCUCAACCGCACUCAUUGGGUCCGGGUCGUCCUGUCCGGGAGCCAUGUGGCUCUCCACGGCCACUGGCUCCCGGUCAGACUCCGAGUCCGACGAGGAGGAUCUCCCCGUCGGGGAUGAAGUUUGCAAGCGCGGCUACCUGAGGAAGCAGAAGCACGGGCACCGACGCUACUUCGUGCUCAAAGUCGAGGGCGCCGACGCCCCGGCUCGGCUGGAAUACUACGAAAAUGCCAGGCAGUUCCGGCAAAACGUCCGCGCCGCGGCGGCGGCGGCGGCUGCCGAGUCUGGAACCGCGGUGGCCCCGGCGCUCAUCCCGCCGCGUCGGGUGAUCCCCCUGUACCAGUGCUUCUCCGUAAGCCAGCGGGCCGACGCCAGGUACCGACACCUUAUAGCCCUCUUCACCCCAGACGAAUACUUCGCCCUGGUGGCCGAGAGCGAGUCGGAGCAAGAGAGCUGGUACUUGCAGCUCUGCCGCCUCAUCCUCGAGAGCAGGCGCCGCCGCAGUGGCACGCCCCGCGCGCUGCCGGGUGGAUCGGGGGCCGCGCGGGCCUCGGCGGUGGCCGAGCUGCCCUUCUACCAUGACGUGUGGCAGGUGGUGGUCAAGUCCAGAGGCCUAGGGCAUCGCAGAGAGCUGAGCGGCGUGUUCCGGCUGUGCCUCACCGACGAGGAGGUGGUACUGGUGAGGUUGAAUACCCAAGUGGCCAGCGUAGUCAUCCAGCUCCUGAGCAUCCGCCGCUGCGGACACUCGGAGCGGUAUUUCUUCUUGGAAGUCGGCCGAUCCGCCGCCAUCGGGCCGGGCGAGUUGUGGAUGCAGGUCGAUGACUGUGUGGUAGCCCAGCACAUGCAUGAGUUGUUUCUGGAGAAGAUGAGAGCCCUGUGUGCAGACGCUUACCGCUUUCGCUGCCGCAGCUACAGCAUCAGCAUCAGCGCCCACCUGUUAACCCUGCUGUCCGCUAGGAGGCACCUGGACUUGCUGCCGCUGGCAACGGGCAGCUGGUUCCGAAGGUCCCGCUUUGAGCAGUUUUACCACCUCUGGCCCUUCGGUGCCAGGAGCAAGGAUAAGUUCCUCAGCCAACUCUACAAGACACCCAAUGAGCCCGUGCCCCACUCCAGACGAGUGAGAAUACACCUGCCCAGAGGGUGCAGGCUCAGGAGAGCGAUUUCAAUGCCACCCAGCUAUUUCCGCUACUUAAUAACCAGUCCUGUCCGUGACCCACAGCCUGCCCCACAGCCUGCAGAAGCUACUGGCGAUGGAGCUGGCCCGUCCAAUGAGGCAUCCGGUUCCGGUUCUUGCAACUCCGGGGAAGAAGACAAGCCCCAGGACAAAGAGGAUCAGGAGGGAAACAAAGGUGACUGUGUGCCCAUGAACAACUGGGGCUCAGGAAAUGGCCAGGGCUCCGGAGGGGGCCAGGGAUCCACUGGUCAGGGCUCCAGUAGCCAGGGCUCAGGAGGAAACCAGUGUUCAGGUGGGGGACAGGGCUCCGGAGGGGGCCAGAGCUCAAGUGGCAGCCAGGGCUCAAGUGGUCAGGGUACAGGGGGCGGCCAGGGUUCAGGAGGAGGAAACCAGUGUUCGGGUCAGGGCACUGCAGGUGGCCAUGGUUCUGGUGGUGGCCAGGGAUCAGGAGGUGGACGUGGCUCAGGCAGAGGCCAGGGUCAUGGUGAUGGCCGUGGUUCUGGGGGUGGCAAGAACUCUGGAGGAGGCAAAGGCUCAGGAAGUGGGAAAGGCUCUGAAGGCAAUGAUGAAGGAGGAAAAUCUCUGAAGAAGAGGUCCUACUUUGGCAGACUCACUCAGAGCAAGCAGCAGCAGCAAAUGCCACCACCUCCACCACCCCCACCGCCCCCUCCAUCAACUGGGGCGGUUGGAGGGAAAGGGAAAUCUGGGGGAAGAUUCCGACUGUAUUUUUGUGCUGACAGAGGAGCGGCAAAAGAGCGCAAAGAGGCCAAAGAAGUAAAAAAUGUAGAGCCCCCAGCAGGUGCAGUUCGAGGUCCCUACAGAGCUAGAGCUUAUGACGAUGAUGAGGAUGACCCGUAUGUGCCAAUGAGGCCAGGGGUGGCUGCCCCUCUAGCUAGCUCCAGUGAUUACAUGCCAAUGGCUCCUCAGAACUCUGCUUCAGAAAAGCGCCACUCUCGAUCGCCUUUCGAAGAUUCAAGAGGCUACAUGAUGAUGUUUCCCAGAGUGACCCCACCACCUGUCCCAAGUCCCCCCAAAGCACCUGAAGCUGCUAAAGAGGAGGACUCAAAGGACAAUGACAGUGAAGGCGACUAUAUGUUUAUGGCCCCCGGAGCGGGUGCAAUACCCAAAAACCCCAGAAAUCCUCAGGGUGGCUCUUCCUCCAAAAGUUGGAGCUCCUACUUCUCCCUACCUAAUCCUUUUCGGAGCUCCCCACUAGGGCAGAUUGAUCACAGUGAGUAUGUGCCAAUGUUAGCUGGAAGAUUCCUAGGGAAGGGUCUUGACAAAGAAGCCUCAUCUAGUGGGGACCCCAAAGAUGCAGUUGAGGGGUGUUACUCAAAGUCUAGAGAGGAAGGACCAUUUUCAAAGCCUGCCGAUGAUGAUGAUGACGUUGGUCCCCAUAAGGAGAAGUCUAAAAAGCAUAGCCGGCUGUCUUUUUUUAUCGGGAAAGGAAAUAAAAUCAGAUCCAACCCACAAAAGCCCACACAGGAGGAGAGAAAAGUUGACACCUCUAGAGACUAUGUCAACAUUGACUUCACUAAUAGAGAUAGUGCCAUGCCAGCCCCUCCUGCUCCGGGCCUGCCAGCAUCAUGGGGCAUACUCAUUGACCCCAGACAUUCAGCCUUUUCCCACUACAUGAAUGUCGAGUUUGGAGUGCCAUUUCCAAACCGAGCACACCCCCUCUCCGAUCUUUUAAGGGCUAUUCCAGGUGCCAACUUCUUUCUGGACGGUGCUAGGUGGCCACUUCUUCCUCUCCCGACCAGGGCUACAGGUAAUGACACUAAUGGGGAAGAGGGUGACUACAUUGAACUGACUUUCCACCCAGCAAUGCGACCACCGGUGCCUUUUGCUAACCGUGCUAUUCGCUACGAUGCUGAAACUGGUCGAAUCUACGUGGUCGACCCAUUUUCUGAGUGCUGCAUGGACAUUUCUCUGGUUCCUGGCCGCUGCGCUGAGCCGCCACCUGUAGCGAGGCUGCUGCAGGAAGAAGAGCCAGAAAGAAGACGCCCACAAAACCGAUCGCGAAAUUCCUUUGCAUCCACUAGAGCCGCCGUCUCUGCUUUCCCGACUGACAGUCUCGAGAGAGACCUCUCUGCUUCCCUGGCCUCAGCCAUACCAACCUUAGCGGUGGGCUGGGCUUUAGCCAUCGCUUCUGCCCUGGCCGCCGCCCCAGGCAUCGGUGCCGCAGCGGCCGCUGGCUUAGAGGCCGCCGCUGGAAUUGACUCUGCCGCCCUCCGUUGGUUCCGACCUGUUGCUUAUGCUGCAGAUGCUGGAGCCCAAGAAGUUGCCAGUGGCUUGAACCCCAGAGGCGAAAACUUCUCCGGAGACCCUGCUCUAGGUGAGAAUGGGGUCCGAGGAGCUGCAGCUGCCGCUCCCACUCCCCCUGCACCACCUCCCAGGCGCCAGCUGCCCAGACCCCCGGAGGGAGAAGAUUCGGAGGAGGAUGAUGAUGAUGACAUCUAUGUUAGAAUGGACUUUGCCAGACCUGACAACAAGAAGUUUGACUCUCCUAAAAGAGAGUGAUUUCAUUGCCACACAAAUAACAUUUUAGAAGAAAGGUGAUACUUAAGGAAUUUCGUCUUUGUCUACUCCAGAUCUACCUAAAAGAAAGACAAUUCAGAGGCUUCUGAAUAGAAAGCAACCUGAAUUUUUAAAAGCCUACAAGUGGAUGCUGGCAGGUGAAUGACACUGUGACGUAUCAUUCAUACUGCUGGAUGAUGGAUUCAAUGAUUUUCAAUUCAGAAAUUCACCCGUGUACUUUGUUUUUGUUUUCUGGUUUCCCUCCCCACUCUGUCUCUUUGAAAUGAAGUGAACACUAGGAUAUGAACGUCUCAUAACUCUUUUCUUCCCCUACUUGAGAAAUUUUGUUCACCUAUGUAUAAAUGUGACUAAUACCAAUUUUACAUAAGUGUAAUACUUAACAUUAGUUUUCAGCUUGGAAAAUCCUUCAAACAAGGACACAUAAAGAAAAAGCUAUGUUUGUGAGAAGGUAGGUAUGAUCUGGAAUUUUUUUCUGAGGUGUACAUACACAAAAUAUUUCUUGAUCAAGGAAUUACACGUUAACUGACUGAACUGAAAUCUUAACAGGACAUUCAUACUAUUUAAAAGGCAGGACUAAAGUCAGAUUACCUCAGUUUUUGCUCUUUAAUGAAACUGAGAGAUAUGUUUUCAUUAAAGUUAAUUAAGCAGAUAUCUCAAUUGAGCAUUUCCAGUAUUAUAGAGGCAGAACUGAAAGACAAAUUUACCUACUUGUAUACAACAUUUUCUGUUUAUAUAUAAUAUUGUGAUGUUCUGCUUUAAAAUCAAUUGAGCAUUUCCAAAAUGAAUCUUUUUUUUUAAAGUUGCCCCUUUCCCCUUUAGAGAGCAAUGUUCUUCAAAACUCUCAUUGUCCCCUUCAGUCUCUCUGGGCUUUCCUGCUUUCACCCUCCAUUUCCCCUACACACACACACACACACA